AUGCAAUUGUCGUGGAGCAAUGUGGAAGGAAUGUCGGAGGAUACACCAAUUGUGGUUCUUUUACCUGGAUUAACUGGAUGUGGCUGUUGCAGUUACAUAACUAGUCUGGUGAAGGAGAUAAACAGUCUGAAUUACCGUUGUGUUGUUUCGAACAACCGUGGGACAUGUCGGCACAAGUUGAAGCAGACACCGAAAACCUAUUGUGCUGCUCAUACUUCCGAUGUUGCGACCGUUUUCGAGCUGAUCCGAAACCGAUAUCCAGAUGCUCCAAUGGUGGCAGUUGGAAUUUCCCUUGGAGCACUUCUGGUGUUCAAUUACUUGGCUGACGAGCAGAAAGAACCUGGCAAACCUUGUCCCCUCACAGCUGCCAUGUGCAUCUGCAUGCCUUGGAAUGUCUCCCAAACGAUCGAAAAGUUGGAAAAAUCUCCCGACUGGUUCCUAUUCAACUAUUCUCUGACAAAUGACCUACGUAAUUUCGUCAUUCGGAACGCUGAAGUUCUCUCUGAAAAAUAUGAUAUUCAACGUGUACUCAAGAGCCGUUCUAUUCGUGAAUUUGACGAAUUAAUGACUGUGGACAUGUUUGGUUAUAAUUCCGUUGAGGAGUUCUAUGCCGAUGCCUCACCAGCAUCGAAAAUCCAUCGAGUU